GCGGUGCGGCUGCUCGCCGCCCCACAAAAGGCACCGCCGGCUUCGGGCUGCUCCGCACGCCCCGCGCACCGGAGCGCGCACGGACACGCACACGCACACACACUCUCUCACACACGGACACGCUCGCACGCACUCACACACACGGGAGCGCCGCGAUGUGCGAUGCGCGAUGCGCGACGUGAGGCACCUCGCACGCCGCGGGGCCGGGGGGAGCCGGCGGGAUCCGCGUUGCCAGCCCGCCCGCCCCUGCCGCUCCCUCUCCUCCAGACCCAUCCAUCAGCCUCUUCAUCUCGGUCUGCUCCUGCCUUUCUUUCCUUUUCCUUUUUUUUUUUUUUUUUUAAUUUUAUUUAUCUUUUUUUUAAAUUUGCUCUAACUGUAUCUACCCAAGCAUAGAAAAAAUGCCUGCCCGUGGAGCGAGGAGAGGGCACCGGGUCGGUAAAUAAGAAUGGCGGCACCUGACUUGCUGGAUCCCAAAUCGGCCACUCAGAACUCCAAACCAAGAUUAUCAUUUUCCACCAAGCCUACCGUGCUCGCUUCACGGGAGGAAAGCGAUUCGGCCAUUAAUGUUAUGAAAUGGAAGACAGUCUCAACAAUUUUUCUGGUGGUAGUCGUGUAUUUAAUAAUUGGAGCAACAGUAUUUAAAGCCCUGGAGCAGCCUCAUGAGACCUCCCAGAGAACCACCAUUGUGAUUCAGAAGCAGACGUUUGUAUCUCAGCAUUCCUGUGUGAAUGCAACAGAGCUUGAUGAACUGAUUCAGCAAGUAGUGGCAGCAAUAAAUGCAGGAAUCAUACCUAUAGGAAACACAUCUGCUCAGAUCAGUCACUGGGACUUGGGAAGUUCCUUCUUCUUUGCUGGCACUGUUAUUACCACCAUAGGCUUUGGAAACAUCUCCCCACGCACACAAGGUGGAAAGAUAUUCUGUAUCAUCUAUGCCUUAUUGGGAAUUCCUCUGUUUGGUUUUCUGUUGGCUGGUGUUGGAGAUCAACUAGGGACAAUCUUUGGAAAAGGAAUUGCCAAAGUAGAAGAUACCUUUGUUAAAUGGAAUGUGAGUCAGACAAAGAUUCGCAUCAUUUCAACAAUAAUAUUCAUACUGUUUGGCUGCGUGCUGUUUGUUGCUCUUCCUGCAGUUAUAUUCAAGCACAUAGAAGGCUGGAACACAUUAGAUGCAAUUUACUUUGUGGUUAUCACUUUAACUACCAUUGGAUUCGGUGAUUAUGUUGCAGGGGGAUCCGAUAUUGAAUACCUAGAUUUUUAUAAGCCAGUGGUGUGGUUCUGGAUCCUUGUUGGGCUUGCUUACUUUGCAGCUGUCCUCAGCAUGAUUGGAGACUGGCUAAGGGUCAUAUCAAAAAAGACAAAGGAAGAGGUGGGGGAGUUCAGAGCCCACGCUGCAGAGUGGACAGCCAAUGUCACCGCCGAGUUCAAGGAGACUCGAAGGCGCCUGAGCGUGGAGAUCUACGACAAGUUCCAGCGGGCCACCUCCAUCAAAAGGAAGCUCUCUGCAGAGCUCGCUGUCAACCACAACCAAGACCUGACCCCCUGCAAGAGAACACUGUCAGUGAACCACCUGACCAGCGAGAAGGACCUCUUGCCAGCUCUGACAAAGACAGACAGCAUUUACAUGAAUGGUUUGACGCCGCACUGUGCAGCAGAAGAGAUAGCCGUGAUCGAGAACAUUAAGUAGCCAUGACUUUGGAUCCCUUGGAAGUCCUUGGGAAGCUCUCGGCUUAGACUAGCCAUACACCGUUUUUUUCCACCCUGUUGAUGACCAGUGCUAGCAGCAUUUUAUAUGUGUGCAUGAGUUCCACAGAAAAACUACAGUCCCGAGUUACCAUCGCAUCUCUUCAGAGACACAAAGACAAAUGGCACUGCUGUUUCCGAAAGAUGCUGGAACAAACAAUGUUUUCUGCCUUUAUCUGCCCAGACUGUUUUUCACUUCUAAUGUGCCAUAUGGCCUCACGAAUGAAUCUCACUUGUUUAUGGUAACAAUGUAGCUUUGAGGGAUCAGUCCUUAAAAUUUCAGGGUCUACCUUACUGAGCCUAGGAAUGGACCAUUUCUGGACUACAACACAUUUGUAAAUGGCAAGAAAUUCUUAUGCAGCCUUUUACCUAAGAAAUUUUGGUCAGUGCCUUAUCUUUUGAAGAACCAGAACCUCUACAAUUCCUGUACAACUUUUGUUUGUUUGGGUUUUUUGCAUGAGAAGUGUAUUUCAUUUAAGCCUUUUGUUCUUCUUGAAAUGGUGGUGUUUCAAAGGUGUCUGUUGUGAAGAUACCAACCAGCAUGAAUGAAUGCCAAAACUCAACAAUCAUCAAUUGAUGUUCUUAGCUCCAAAUUUAAAGGCACUGCAGUUUCAAAAGUUUCAAACCUGUCCCCCAGAAGCAUUUUGUUUUACUCAGGUCCAGAUGAUACUUGUUCACGCUGACUUGUAGGAUUUGCAGGCCCUUUUCAGGUCUUAGUUUUCCAAGCAGUGUUCAGCAGUUGUUUUUCUCUGCAUCAGAUGUACCAAAAAAAUCUGCAGCUUAUCUAUCACUAAAUUAUUUGGUAGAUGACAAGAGCAAAUAAAAAUUACUGUUUUCAUGAGAGGCAGGGGGAGGCUUUAAAUUGCUGUGUUCUAAAUAAUCACAUCCAAAAAAACAAUGCAGAAGAAUACAGCUAUUUUUAAUAAGCGUAAACCUUCUGCCUAAUAUUUGGUAUUAAAAGGAUUCUUAAUUUCCUUUCUAAGCCAAGUCACCCCAGAGGCUACAUGAUAUUUUACCCGGGAAUCCUGGUGGAGUGCUUUCCUGAAUGUCACGUGGGCUGCCUGUGCCAGAGCUGUGGCUAUGUGGGAAUGCAAUUGAAACUGGUAUCACUGUGACUUUCUACAUUUCAAAUAGAGAUGGCUCUGAAUAUCAAUGCAGGCAUGAAGAAGAGCUGAUAAAUAGCACAAUCUGAAUACCGAUGAUUGUUCAGACAGGAUAGGCUUACAAGAAGCAGAUCUAAACCAGACUGUGGGUUUUCUUUAUUGGUUUUAAGAAAACACAUUAAUUUUGUACCUUCUGUUUUGCUUAUAGGUGUACAUGAGAUUCAGAAGAAAUGCAGGAUGGAAUGGAUAAUUUUUCAUUUUUUUUUCCUUAUGUUAGUCUAUUGUAAUCUGGCUGUACAUAAAAUUAAUGGAACAGGCCUUAAAGAAAAAUUUAGGCUCUGUAAAUUAAAAAUGAAUGGGACUUUGAUGAUUGGGCAUGAUUCAAGUGGCAAAUCUUACAGCAUCUCUGACCAUUAGAUAACAUGCAAUAUAUGAAUGUUCAUGUUUUUUGGAUGCUUAGCUUGUUUUCUAAUAAAUAUAAGUUAAUAUGUAAAUUCAGUGUAAAUAUCAGUCAAUUAACAUUUACAGAGAGUACGCUUUUAAAACUAAGGAAGUUCCAUGACACAGCACCGAGCAAUGCUCUUAUAACAAAGACCCUUGUCUCCCCAGCACAGUGUUCUGAAUGUCCACAUGGCAAGGGUUCUUCUUGCCAUGUAUAAACUGUGAAUUGUAAUGAAAAAUAAAGUUUUUAAUUAAAAUAAGCUUUCCUGAAUCUUCUGCUUGCUACAACUGGAAUGCUAAGGAUUAAUUUGUGAAAUUGAUUUUUAUGCUUUCAUUGGUUACAGAGUAUAGCAGUUUGCCACCUACUUUAAUUUAAGCUGGUUUAGCAAUAAAGGCUUGACUUACCCAGCGUAGAAAUUACUAUUUUUUUUCCUUGAUAUUAAAAAUUAUUCUCUUUGGUUGUCAUACCUUAAGUUGUGUUUCUUGCUAUUUUCUUUCAAAGACUUAUCAGGAUUCCGUUUCUUCAAUCAUAUGCCACAGAGCUUCUGGCAAUUGCUCUGUCCUUGUCCUGGGGGAGGCACAGGGGGCUCUGCCCCUCUGUGCUGCUGGUUCUGGUGUGGUUGCUGGUACCUUGCUGCAGCGUGUGAACAAGCAGCCUUUCACACUGCAGCAGUUUUUCUACAGGGGCCUCUUUAAUUAGGUCUUGGCCAAGGGCAUGAGAGCCCACACCAGCCUUGGUGGUAAGUGAGGAAGACUGGGGUUUUUAAAUUGUUUCAUUCUGAUUUUUGUGGGGCGUGUUUUAGUGCCUUUUGAAACUGAUUUUUCAGAAAGGGACAGCUAAUGUUCAAAGUUCAUUGUCCUCGAUUCCCUGAGAUAUCUUAUGUUAAAGCCUGGUGUCUCUCUAACCAGCUUGUUUCCAGUUACCAACCUACAGAAGUGUUUGGUUUUGUGGUUUCUUAAAUUUUAGACUCUCAGGACCUGCUGAAAAGAACAUAUUUUUUGGAGAUCCUGUGGCAAGGUUUGAGAUACAAGUAUGGACACGUAAACCCAUUCAGUUUUUAUUUGGUUUGACUUUUGAAUAUGAUCUCUAGGGAAAAAAUCCCCGUUUACUUAUAUUUUUGUUUUUCUACCUUUGUAAUAGAUCUAAAUUAUCCUCCCUUAUCAAAAUAGAUUGACCUGUGGGGAGCUAAACAAAAAAAAUAAAUAAAAUACUUUGUUUGGAAGUACAAUAACUGAAGGAACACAGAUGCCAUAGUCCAGACAGUAUAGAUAGGUAGAGUUAUCAUGAUCCAAACAUGUCCAGUGUCAUUAAAGUUAUUGGAAAAUCUUUUUCUCCCUAUCCACACAGAGUGAUAGACCACAAAGGCUGAGGAUGGCUCAUUUAAUCUAUAAUACUUGAUGAACUCAAAGGUUUUUAUCUUUAUUCCCAUAACAGAAGAUUUUUGUAUUAAAAAACCUGUCUUUCUUGCCUCUGGAAAUUUUACAUAGCUCAUUUUCCCUUCCAAAUAUGGAGCUACCCAAGCAUGAAUUAGGAUCCAUUUGUACCUUCUUUUCUGUUACCCAUACAUGGAAAUGUUACAGGGUGCUAAUAUGCUUGAUACUUAAGCAAGCUUGUGAAAAGGGUAAGGGGCUGUUUUCUUUGAUAUUUAAAAAAAAAAAAAAAGACAUUGGGAAAAUGUUCUGGAUGAGACAAAUUAUGCCACAUAAGAUUCUAUAAAGACGCUUGUGCCACCUAACAGAACAAUUAAUUUCUAAGUAUUACAGUAAACAAUUAUUAAAAUCAAUUUGAAAUCUCUUGAAGGGGUAGCUGGAGGUGAUCUGUACUGUUUACUGUUGGCUGUGAUGGUCUUGGGUUUUGUGGGGUUUUUUGUUUUGUUUUUUUUUUUUUGGUUGGGUUUUUUGGGUUUUUUUUUGGUAUUCUUUGGUGUGCUGUACCUGAUAAAGUGUCUAUGUCAAUGAAAUCCUCCAUUUUGGGUAGCCAGCAUGAGAAACAGGGAACUUGAGUUGCAGAGAAUUUGUACCAUGUACCCUUCUUGCUUGAUUACAAAGACAAGAACUUCCUUUGGCAUCCCCUCCAUGUGCCUCUCCUCCUUUUUCUAGUAUUUUGGGAGCCUUGAGAUGCUACUGUGAGAGCAGUGAAAAGCAUGGAAGGAUCAAACCCAGAAGCUUGCUGAAUCUCAUGAGCAUCCCAGCCAUGUCUCUCUCCACCUCUUCCUGAUUCUAUAGGAGGAAAGGUCAAGGAUAACAGAAACCCACAAAAAAGCUAAACCUCUAAACUUUCUACCCUUGACCUGAAAUAGACCUUCCUUAGGUCACAGCAUGAGAUCAGGAUGGCAGAUGGGAAAUCUGAUCAUCUGUUUGGAGUUCUUGCUCCUCCAGCAUUAUUCCUACACCAAUGACCUCCAAAGAGGAACACAGCACACCCUGCAGAGGAAGAAAGGAAGCUGCUCUACUUGGUCAAAUCUACAUGCACAUCAAAAGUGGAUAUACAUUUAUAACUAAUUCUUGGGAAGGAGAUUUUCCUGUCAGGGAAAUUACCUACAGUGUUGAAAUACAGCAGUAAUGCUUCUAAUAAAUUCCUGUCAUACAGUUAUGUGAUAAUUAACUUUUCUUUCCUACCCUGCAGUACUGUUUG